AAAACUGCCCUGUGGAGCGCUUUAGGGAAAGUUGGCGCAUAUGGAGAGAAACCAGGUUUAAACAUCACCGAUGCAGCGAGAGGAGGCACUGUGUGGGUGAAGAAAUCAGCCAGACCUACAGGAGAGCAAAUCAGAAGGCCUUUUUUUCAUUUUGGUCCUUUAGAGUUAGUUCCUUUUACUGGACACCAAACAAUGGUAUGGUUUGUCUGCAGCCUCUUCUCCCAGCAGCGCGCACGCAGAAAGCUUCCCCCGGUGCGCCUUGGAGAGCUGCAGCUGGCGACGACCUGCCAGCUCACCAGGAUGAUGCUCAGCCUUCCUCUCCGUCCUGCUUUCUCAGUUGUCGCGGUGGCUGUUCUAACCGCUGUCACUAAAGUUGCAGACAGCCAGAAGGUUUCUGAAGACACUGGGAUUUAUUCUACUCCAUCCCCAAUCUAUCCUACAGUGGGCUUUCAGGUCCUCAAUAUGGACCAUGUGUUUCUAAGCCAGAACACCCAGGAGCAGCCGGGCAACUCCAGCCUGAGGGCUCAGACGCAAACUUUUCUCAUCACUGGUGCAGGAGCCGGGCUCCCCCAGCCAGUUGUCAAUGCCUCCUACGGCCCCCUGACUGUAGAUGCUCCCGUUCCGCCAGACUUACUCCUGAGUGGUCGCACGAUCCUGCCAGUGAUUUUGGUCCGCCAGGUUCGUUCCUCAGCCCCUGUAGUCAAGAUACUCUUCCACAUGCCGACAGAAAGAGACAUCAUGAUGGUGCAGGGCAACACGGGGUCUGGAGAAGAUAAUGGGAAGACAGGGGCCAAAGCCACGGAGGGGGCUCACUGUGUGACAGCGUAUGCGUUCUGGGAGACACGGGAGGUUCGUGGGUCAUGCCUGGUGUCACCAGGUGGUUUCUGCGUGGCCCAGCUGAAGCCAGAACCUGCCUGGUUCAGCCCAGCCAGCCGGUCAGGCAGCUCCAGCAGGGAGGCAGGAGGCACUGAAGGAGCGAGUGGGCUCCAGGGGAACCCUGUGGAGGUCUACUUCCAGAGCCGGGGCGACCAGACGGGAAACUGUGUGCCCCAGGAUAGUUUACAACGAGUGGGAGUAGGAGGAAGAGGAGGACCUGUGGGAUCAGGGACGCCCAUGAUGAGGAUAGGAAGUGUCAACCUGCUCAGAGCUCCACCGGGGAACCCCACCUUCCUUCGACUGAGGCUAGGGGGCGCUGUUGUAAUCCAGACCUCCUCCAAACCCCUGAAGACCACAGAAGUGGCAACGUUCUAUAUCUUCCUCUCUAGCACAUCUACCCUGGAAAACUUCACACUGAGGGCUACGGUAAAGAAGGGCCUGUCAUUCAACGCCGCUCGGCCGAGUGACUCGGCGCUGUGGGACGUCGUCCUGGAGCCUGGCCGAGCAGCAGCUCCUAACACCGUCUCCGUCCUCUGCCAGAGGAAGGCGGCAGUCACCGCUAAGAGGGGUCUGCUGGAGGUGCUGCAGCUCGACUUUGUGCCCAGAGAUGUUUCAGAGCAUGCCGAGAGUCAGAUGAUCUCCUGGCGUCUGGAGUCACCGGGGAACGCCAAGGAUGUCGGCAUAAUGCGCAUUUACACCACCCAGAGAGACUACGUGGGGCUGGCGCCGCUGGUCAUGAGCAGCGACAUCCUGAACACGGCCGUGUUGACGGGGAAGACGGCGUCGGUCCCUGUGAAGAUUCUGGCGGUGGAGGCCGACGGCGCCGUCACCGACGUCACCAACAGCACCAGCUGCCGGUCCACAGAGGAGGACGUGCUCAAGGUGUCGGAGCGCUGCGACUAUGUCUAUGUGGACGGGAAGGAGACGAGGGGGAAGAGCAGGGUGUCGCUCAACUUCACCUACAGUUUCCUGAGCGCCCAGCUGGAGAUGAAUGUAUGGAUGCCCCGCCUGCCCUUGCUGAUCGAUGUUGCCGACCCCGAACUCAGCCAGAUCAAAGGGUGGAGGGUCCCUGUUACCACUGGCAACAGGAGGUCCACAUGGGACAGCGAGGAGGAGGAGGAGAUGAGGAAGGGCAGGGGUUGCAUGCUGCAGUACCAGCACUCUCUGGUCAGGGUGCUCACACCUUUCAUAGCCCAGUCUGCCUCUGAGGCGCUGCCAGACCCUCUGACCGGGGCGACGUCUGUCGAACACUUCCUGGGAUCCGACUGGCAGGUGGAUGUGACCAACCUUGUGCGCUACUCUCUGAAAGUGGCAGACCCUGAUGUGGCCAGGCUGCAGGCUGGAGUGGUUCUGCAGGGACGGGCCAUGGGCACCACUACUCUACAGGUGCUGUCGCCUUUGACAUCUUCAGUCCUGGCUGAGAGGAGCAUCAGGGUGCUGGAUGAUAAAGUGAGUGUGACAGAGCUGGGGGUACAGUUGGUGUCGGGACUCACACUCUCCCUGCAGCUCAGCCCGGGGAGCAACAGCGCCAUCAUCGCCACGGCAACCACACAGGAAGUCAUCACACAGCUCAAACAGGAAGCGGUGGUCAGCUGCUGGGUUCAGUUCAGCGAUGGUGCCGUGACUCCUCUGGAGCUGUUUGACCGCAGCAUCUACUCUCUGACGGUCUCCACUCCAGACGAGGGGGUAGCCACCGUUCGCCGCACCCCACAGUCCACGUUUGUGGUGGCGCAGGGUGAAGGCGAAGGCCAGGGGGUGCUAGUGAGAGUGGAGCUGAGGAUCUGUGAGGAAUGCCAGAAGUCCAAGAGGAAGAGCAAGCUGGCCGUGGGCAUGGGGCUUCUCAAGAUCAACAUCCAGACCGACACCAAAGACCCAGGAUUACGAGUUGGGAGUAGUGGCGUUGGUGCAGAUAGAAAUAAAGACUACGACGGCGAUGCAUCCGAAGUGACAGGAGAGCGCAAGGUGGUUGUAACAUCCCAGCGUACGAUGACGAACGGGGGCAGGGACAGAUGGUUGUUCAGAAGCACUUCGCCUGACCGAGAGACCACCUUAGCCGAGACGACCACCUCAGACACACAGUCAACCACCACAUAUGUCGAACCACAAGUGGUGUGGAUUGGAACCUCUACCAGAGCCACCAGUGACACCACCUAUACAGUCAGCACCAGUGGCACGUCCGUGAGCAGACCUGGCACAGAUCAGACACUGGGCACUAGUGGGCCUGGUAUCGAUAAAACACUGGAAGUGGGUGCAGGAGAUGGGUCGAAGAGAAGCUACGGAAACAUGCUAGAUUCACCCCCUAAACAGGACAUUCCCAAAGCAGACCCGCCACCUAAGAAGGAGCCUCCCAAGCCCAAAGCGCCCAAAAUAAUCGAGAGCGAUCUCAUCAGGACAUUCAGAGCGAUGUCAGAUUUGGAGAUCGGCAUGUACGCCUUGGUGGGGGUCUCGUGCGUGGCUAUCUUGGCUUUCCUGCUCAACUGUGCCUCGUACAACCUCUGUUUCCGGAGUCACAAGACCCCCAUACACGCAGCCCCACCCCCCACUGGGGACCCGAAGGACCACAAGCAUGACUGGGUGUGGCUGGGAGGCAACAGCCACGGUGCUCCGACCCCGGGCGCCCCAGCUCAGGUGUCCACGCUGAAACGGGAAGCUCACCGCCCUCUGGAGUCCCACCAUUCCUUAGACUCCAUCGGCCACCGCAGCCUGGAGAACAGCCUGAACUCGGUGAGCGCCGCCGCCGUCCCAGAGAGAACGGCCACUCUGGGCCGCAGCAGGACGAGCUCGCAGCAGCUGAUUCAAACAAAGGUCGUCGAUCCCAUGGCGUGCCGCUCGGCCACUCUGCUGGCCAGACCCCAGCGCAGCGAGCCCCUCCAUUCCCCCACCAGUAAGAGGAACCAGGUCCAGUUCACCACCUUCACCACCCUGGAUAUCAAGCAUUUGGCUGCACUGAAGAAAAACGGCGUGGACUUUAACUGGAGCAACCAGCAGCAGCAGCAGCAACAUCAGCAGCCAAUCCCUGUGGAGCCCCAAACACCGUUACCUGACAUGCCCUGGCCUGUAGUGAAACCAGUGGGAUAGACCCAGUGUGUUUGUUGAUGUAUAUGUGCAUGUGUGUGUGUGUGUGUGUGUGUGUGGAUGGGUGCAACAAAAUGAAUAUGAAUAUGUUUUAGCAUGGCUUGUCCAAAAGAAAAUAUGACAAAGUGAUUUUUGUGUUCAACAAAUCUUUAUUGAGAGGAUUAGUAGAUCUAUUUAUUCAGAAGAUUAGGAUAGAGACAUUUUAUGUAAGUAAGAAGAGUGCUCCCUUGGAGACAGUAAAUAGAGUAUAUAUUGGUGUACACAGCUUCAGUAUAAUCCAAAUUAAAUGGAAGAUUUUAUCCUCUAAAUGCACGAUUGAUGUAUUUGAAAAAUGCUCCACAGAUCUGGUGCUGUAAAUAACACAUAUUUAUUUAUACUGUUAUUUAUACAUUUAUAACUGCAGACAAAUGAUAAACUUUAAUUUCCUUUCACUUUUGUACAAUUAAUGCUCUAGUAAUAGCUUCAGAAAUAUCUAGUUGUCAGGGUAAAUGCAGUAUGGGGCAGAUUAUUUCUUGUAAAUAAUGUUAUGCUUUCCAGCCUUUUGUACUUUAAUUUUUUUUUAAUGAUUCCUCUGCAGAACACCUGACAAGUUUGUGCAAUUUCUCAGAGAAUACGCAACAUUUCUGAAAUUAUUUUGAGUGAUCGUCCACCACAGUCUUCUCUUCACUCAGUGUUUAUUCAAAUCAAAUGCAUGCCAUUCAAAUACAGUCCAUGCGGCGGUCUGAAUGGAGUCAGCUUGGGCUGCAGGCCUUGAGGGCCUAGUUAUACAAACAAACAAACAAACAAACAAACAAAAAACAAAUAAAUAAAUAUAUAUUCUUGGUCUCUUGACAAAAGACAAUGCAUAUUCCAGAACAGGAUUUUUCAUGUGUAAAUGAAGAUGGAUGAUGCCUUGUCUAUGCAACAACCUCCUGUUUUAUAAACCAAGAUGUGAUGUGUGUAAUUCCUUUGACAUUCUAUCAAUAAAUAACAAAUGGACACACUG